UCCACGGUUAGUGUUGCCUGGUUCCCCAGCAGCGAUGUGUCCAGAGGGUUAUCAACUUGACACACUGACUGAGGACUGUGUCGAAGACAGAGGAUUGGAUGUUGCGACUUGGUUACCAGUAGUGCCCAGCACGAAGAUCUUAAUUGAAAAUGUUCAGGUAACGGAGCCGACAGCCACUCUGAGCCAAGAUUACCUCUGGAUAGUUUACCUUGCAGUGGCGAUGGCUACCUUAAUCACCAUGGCGACCAUCAUUGUCCUCAUCACUUGCUGCAUUCAACACCACAAAACAAAAGCCAGAAAAGCUCACAAGGCUGCUGCGGAGUCGGACGAGUACGAGAAACUGAACGGGAGCAAUUCCGGAAACAACGGAAUUUUCUACCAAGAGAACAACAGCAAUUCUCAAGCGUUGAAUGGAAUUUCCAAGGACUCGGUGAUGUUGAAAAACGAGACUGGGAACGGAGUACAUGCUGUUUUGUCCCCCGCGGGUUCCCAGGCGUGGAAUGGUCACCUCGAGUGCGACAAUGCCGUGGACAAAAGGAGCGAUGAGAGUUACCCGCUGCCAGCGACUGAACUAGGUGCCACUGUCCUUGUUACAACAAAAACCACCCAGGUUCCUCGCGUCCCUUUGGAAAGCUGAACGGUGGACUUUUCACAGGGGCUCCUAACCCAAGGAGCUCCUCACUGGACUUUACGAACGGGAAUAACGUUGUGACAGCUCACGCCAUUGCGACUACUUCCAGGGAAAAUCCUGCAAAAGGGGAAUUCUCCACGAGGAUCUCCUGCCCAGAAAUUUAGUGGAAAAUCCAGUCCCCCGCAAUCCCCGGAGAAAUCGAGCGCAGCCCGUUCAAUCUAUCGGAUAGUCCUCUAUUUAAAAAAAAAAUCUGGGGAAAAUUUUCCCUCUGCACCCCCCCCUCCAGCCCACACAACACCCACAGCCUCCCCCAGCUCAGCUUUCUGUAUUGUGUUUCUAGUUGGGAUGGAGCUGUGGGUAAAAACUCUGCAAAGAAUGUGUAGCCCAGACAGGAGUGUCUGGAUACCCUGAAGUGUAGCACUAGGGGAGUUGGUUGAACUCUUUGACUCUUUGUAUUCUCUCAUCGGUCGCAUGACAACCUCACCAGAAGAACUUGCAACCCCAAUCUUACCAAAACGCGCUCUCUCUCUAGAUGUGAACCUCAUGAGGCCGGUCAUCAUUUAUUGCCCGUCCCUAAUUGCCCUUGAGAAAGUGACCUCUGGUGUUACCUCAGCCCGCAGCAGGUAAACACCCCCACAGUGCUCUCAAAGAGAGCGUUCCAGGGUUUUAAUAGCGGAGGAAUGGUGGAGGUGUUCCCCUCUCCUUGUCCUUCUCGAUGGAAGUGGUUGUGGGUUUGGAAGGUGCUGUUGUUUCGAAUUGUUCAUCAGUCAGCAUGGUGCGAGGCUUAUGUAAAACAAAACGUUGCUGAAGGGUCGUCCAACCUUCGGAUAUUCAGAUUACCGUCGGCCAUUUUGAAAACCUCUUCAGGAAGAAGGCUCUUGCUGUGAGAUUGGUUUCACUGGGCUGUGAUUUAGACUCUUUGUCAGGAAAUAGGUUUGGAGUGAGUUAAAAUUGGGGUCCACCAAAAUGAUGAGACAAAGUGGACCUCCCAAAUGUACACCAGGGAUGAAUUCUACGAUGUUUAUCUGAUCAAGCAAUACCAGGCAAGAAUUUGGUUCCCAUUCUGGCCAUUGGCGCACACACACACACACAUGGGUACUGCUAACGACCAAGCAUUCACCAAUCCCCUUACUCUCGUUGAUCACUCCUUCCAAUUGGCAGCUGCCAGAUCCCAGCCACCAAUUCGGUCACACACCCCCACCCCACCCCCCCCUCCUUCCUUUUCCCUUCGCUUUUCCACUCCUUCCCGGUGCCACUCCAAGUGGGGGUGAGGCGUGGAUGGAGGGUAAGGGGGUCUGGAGAAAGUGGCAAACAAAGCAGGUGUGCCAGCGGCCGAGAGGGACUGGGGAAGUGGGGGUGGUCUAGCGGGCAGGAUUGGCAUAAAGGGAGCUGAGCAAGAGUCUGCAGGCGCUGGAGAUCUGAAAUACAACAAGGAGGUGCUGGAGAAACUCACCCGAAACUCAGAGAAACUCGGCCGACGUUCCGGAAGGAGGGUCGGAACGUUACCUCGUUCCUUCUCUCCACCGAGUUUCUCCAGCGCUUUUUGCAGCAAAGCAUGUGAACUGGGAGUGGGGGGGGGUGGGGUCGGGG